AUGUAAACGCAGGAUUAUACCUGGUGACGACAAUUUUGCUACAGAUUAGUUUUUGCUGUGUUGGUGUUGCAUAAUGAAUACGUAGGAGGAAAUAGCUGUUUUGCAUUCUUUCUAACGUCUUUGCACUCCUAAAUGACAAACUUGGUAGCUAACUACAUGUUUAUUUGAAGUGAAAAUGAAAGCAACAUACAAAAGCUUUUUCGUAUUUUAUGUCUUGAUAUCGAAUGUUUUUGUGAACGCGUUCGAACCAAUCUCAACCACAUUUGUCGGUUUGGGAUUUACAGCAGUGGGGCGGAAAAUGUACAAUUAUGUAUAUGGUGAAAGUUGCGAUUCAAAAUGGAUUACUUUUAAUUCAACAGGUUUGGAAGUGGCUCUAGAUCAGAAACUGUUUGGUCAACAUGUUGCCUCCAGAGUCAUCCAGAAAUCUGUAACAGGUUUCAUGAACAAUAAAAACCCUAGAAAGCCCCUGGUGCUCUCUCUACAUGGCUUGACUGGCACAGGGAAGGGCUUAGUCAGGAAGUUGAUAGCUGAGAACAUCUACAAGAAGGGCAUGGCCAGCAGUUUCGUCCAUCAGUUUGUGACUUCUACUCACUUCCUUCAUUCGUGUCAGCUUGAGAACUACAAGUCUCAACUGCAGCAGUGGGUCAAAGGCAAUGUCACCAACUGCCCACGUUCCAUGUUCAUCUUUGACGAGAUGGACAAGAUGCACCCUGGCCUGAUCGACUGUAUAAAGCCCUACCUGGAAUACUAUGAAAAUCUGGAUGGGGUCUCGUACCGCCAAGCCAUCUUCAUCUUCCUCAGCAAUGCUGGAGGGGAGAAAAUCACGCAGGUGGCCCUGGACUUCUGGAAAGCAGGUCGAGACCGAGAGGAGAUUACAUUGCAUGACUUAGAACCGGCUCUCUCCCUGUCCGUGUUCAACAACACGAAGAGUGGGUUGUGGCACUCUAGUCUGAUAGACAAGAACCUAGUUGACUUCUUUGUCCCCUUCCUGCCUCUGGAGUACAGACAUAUGCUGCUGUGUGGCAUGGCAGAGAUGUCCGCCAAGGGCCUGGAGCCUAACCAGGACGUGGUCGACCAGAUGGCCAGAGAGAUGGUCUAUUUCCCCAAGAGCGAGAAGAUCUUCUCCGUCACGGGCUGCAAGACCAUCAACGGAAGGCUAGAUUACUUCACAUAGUGCAUGUUUGAGGCCAACUAUGUUGCUGCCGGCGGCUGCAGACUGACCAAUCUAAUCAUAAUGAGUAGUAAUUUAGGAUGAAAGGUGGUUUGUAGGUCUGAUCAGUUGUUCUGCAUUUGCUGACGGUAAUGUAGACGGUCUCCGAGGGAACAGCUACUGUAUCUAUCUACCUCCUACUCUACUGUGUGCACUUUCUUUUUUAAAUGUAAAAAAAAAAUUUGCCCCUUUUUUGUGGUAUUCAAUUGUUUUUAGUAGCUACUAUCUCACUACAACUCCCGUACGGGCUCGGGAGAGACAAAGUUUGAAAGUCAUGCGUCCUCCGAUAUACAUCCCAACCGCACUGUUUCUUAACACAGCACGCAUCCAACCCGGAAGCCAGCCGCACCAAUGUGUCGGAAGAAACACCAUGCAUCUGGCAACCUUGGUUAGCGCGCACUGCGCCUGGCCCGCCACAGGAGUCGCUGGUGCGCGAUGAGACACGGAUAUCCCUACCGGCCAAACCCUCCCGAACCUGGAUGACGAAAGGCCAAUUGUGCGUCACCCCCGGUUACAACAGAGCCUGGGCGCGAACCCAGAGUCUCUCAUGGCACAGCUGGUGCUGCAGUACAGCGCCCUUAACCCCUGCACCAUCUGGGCCCUGUGUGCACUUUCUUAAGGAGAACAUCUCCACCAGUCGGAGUGAGGAAGUCAGUGACUGAUGAUGACCCGCCCCUCAGGCCUCCCACUGUCAACACAACCAUGUGGAGAACAUCAACGGCCUUGUUCUUGUAGUGUCACUUCUCCCUGAAGAUGGAUUACCAAGAGAGAGGAUGCCAGAUUUAAGAAGAGAUAUAAAAUUAAAACACUGAGGGGAAAAGCUAUUCUUUUUAACCAAUCAAGGUGCUUGUUCCUGAUUUUUAUUUUUUUGUAAAUGAUUACCUCCAAAUAAUAAUUUUCUUUUUCAUGGAAUUCUGCUGCACAUGAACUGUGGCAAGUGAAAAUUAGUUGUGUAUUAGAAACAAAUGUGGUUUAAAGUUACAAUCUCUAGUACUGUAGAAAGGGCCCAUGGAGUUGGUGGAAGAAUCCUUUAAUUCAUGGCCACUUACUCAGCUUGGCCAGGGGCGCUUUAAUUAGGUCAGGUGGAAAUGUCCGACAGAUCUCAACUCCAUAAAAGGAGGAAAUCUCCGAUCUGACUGCUUUCUCUUCCUUAACUCCGUCUAAUCCGGAAGUUCUGUGUGUCCAUCAAUCCACGUAAGUCCACCAAAUCUGUUACCUUUCAUCUGAACUAUCUGUUGCGAUCGGGAGAGUGGGCCAUAAGUUAUUGUUUAUAGUUAUUACCGCGGAGCACAGCUUGGAGAGCACGCUUCAAACCUAUUGUGUAAUGUCAAUGAUCACGGCCCUACGGAUCAUCACAGGCCAAUUAUGCCAUCAAUAUAUGGUUAAUAUAUCAUGAAAUUACAUGUACAUAUGAAGACACUUGAAAGGGUGAAAUAUGAAACGUCAUUGUUUGCUGAACUGAUCGAUUCUGAUAUCAAACCAAUGGGGAUUAUAGAUUGAAUAACCGAUCACUUUUUGUAUUAUUCUUAUUCUCAUGAUUAUGAUUAAUAGUUACGAGCAUAAAUGACUCAAGGAUGAUUCCUAUUGACUUCUUAAUGAACUGAUUUGUUGAAUUCCCUAAUUAUGUUAAUAAUGAAUGAUUAUGAUUUGAUAUUUCUGAUUAUGAAUUUGAUUGUAUACAUGUUAUCAGUUUGAUUGGAUACAUGUUAUUCUGUUUCCUUUGUUAUGCAGCACAGACUACCCAGUAAAUAUACCACUUUAUGGUUAAAGGAAUUCCUGCCUCAGUCUCAUCCAUUCCUCCCCACACAGAUUCCACUAAUCUGUCCUUCGAGCAGGACCAUGACUGAGCUAAAGACAGGUGAAAUGGAGGGAGAGAAGGAAGAAUUGUCUCCACUGGAAGGAAGGAGAGAGGAAGAAAGAGCAGCUGAGGAAAAGGUAUUGGAACAAAUGAAAGAUCCAGGAGCUAAGACUAAAGCAACAAGGAAGGCUUCAUCCUCAACCACCAGAAGAACCAGACAAGUACCUGGUUAUCGUUAUUAUGUGGUCGAGUUUUCCACAUCAAAGGGAAAGCCCACCAGAGCUCAGUGGUGAUGGAUCAACUGUACGUUUCAGCCAUCAACCAUCCCCGGAGAGCCAAGGACCGGAAACUGCUUUGGGACGAGAAAGUGGUCUACAGGAAGAACCUAUGGAGGAGGUAACUCCCACCGCACAGGUCGACCAGCUUCCUGAGGCAGGCUCUGCUCACCCAUUAACUAAUGGGAAAUUGUCGAGGCACUCUAGACGGAGUGAGAGUUUGACCAGUGGAUACCCCUUUCGAAGUGGCCAUGGCAGCCGCCAUUCACUAGCCCUCAGCGAUUCACAGACCGCUGUCCGACUAGCGUUUGAGGAAAGAGAGCGUCAGAUUGAGGUGGAACGACAGGCUGACGAACGUUGUCACCUAUUGGAUGUGCAGGCCCGUAGAGCUCUACGGGAACAGGAAUUCAUUGCCAAGGACCUGGCACAGCAGUGACAGCACCGUCAAGCAAGAAGGGAAUUUGAGGAGGCACGGAUGGUCUCAUCCUUCCUGGAGAGGAACGAACAGGGCGUUGACCUGACCACCCCUCCACAUGGACCUAACCUGUCUGGGAUACUAGGGCCGGACAAAUGUCACCACUCUCUAAGCGACAGAGGACUCGCAGUCCAUGAGAUCAAUGUGAUGGUUAUAUUCUUCAAGAAUCAAUGGGUACAUAUCGUUAAUUGAAAAAGAUUUGGACAGCCGUAAGUAUUGCAGGUUUCCCCUUUAAUUGUCAUUGAAAAUGUAUCACCUGAAAUAUUGUCCACUGGAUACCCAUUGUGUAUUUUAUAUCUGUUGUCAAUACCCAUUUUACCAAUACCUAAACAUGGAUAAAUCUGCCUUUACUUGCAUCUAUUUUGCAUUUGUUUCUAAUCCUUUCAUUCACCAGAAGCAUUGUGUACAUUUUUCAAAAUCUGCUGUAAGUUUAUCUUUGAGGGGUAGUCGACUGGCCUGUGAGGAUCAGCUCUAUAGAGAUAUCCCUCACUCCAGCAGAGGGGGAAGAGGUGUGUCUGGGGGGGUUUAUGACCCCUCACGCCUGUUGUAAAUUAUAAUGCAGCAGACCAACUCCAUUCUGGUCUCUGAGAUAUCGUUAUGUCUUUGUCCCUUAUGGAGUAUCUACCUCAGACCUAUCACAUGUAAUAUAUGGACUUUGGGACAUUCUAUUUCAUCAACCAAAAUGAGGACAGUUGGCCUAUGAAAAUGAAUGUCGAUUUUGUGAUGUCAUUAAAAGUUAAAUGAGUAUGUUAUGACAAACAUUGUAACUUUAAAUCAUAUUUACAUUAUGUUUACAUACUGUGUGUUGUGUAGGAAAUAUCCAGAUGAAAAUUAAUGUUUGUGUGAAGAUGAACUGUGAAUUUAGUUGUCUGACACCUUGCCUUGUAACUAGCUACACCUCAGGGAACCCGGGGAGUGUGCCACAAUUAUGUAAAUGCCCUCUUUCCCCCAGGGCAUAAAGCAUUUGUUUUAAGAGUUAACACAUCAGACUAGAGAUCACGUGCUGCAGCCUAGGUCUACUAUUAUUCGACCGCAAAACGCAACACGAGGUUGAAGAAGACAAAGGAACCUCUUAACAAUCAAUGCUACGGUUGAGUAUCUGUAUCGAAGAAGGGGAAUUCAAGCAGGACCACCUGGUUAUUCUCUCCAAGCAAUUGUUUGUCUACACUGUUUUUAUUCCCACUCUGGGAAUAUCUCAACGGCUGAUUAGCCAUCCUCAGAAGACCAAUCUUCCAGAACGAGUACAAGGAGCCAGACAACUAAGGGAAAGGACAUUGUGACACCUUGUGGACAAUCAGAGACUUGCACCUGGCUAUCCGAAGAACAAGACCCACAAAGCAGAACGCGGCCCACGAAGGCCUGGGCCCAUCAGGAACUCGGCUCACGAAGGGAUACCCAACGGAGACCUUCAAGUAAUUACAUUCAAUAUAAUUCUGACGCAUAAGAGCGGCAGUUCAGGGCAAGGUGUUAGGGCUAAGCUAAGGAUAGUUUACAUUUGUAUCCACAUGCUUUUCUCUCGUGUACUUUCUUUCACAAUCUCCAUCUUGUGUAAUGUGUCAUGUUGUUUUGGACAGCUAGGGACCUGUGUAACUGAAUUCAGUUCUAAUCAAUAAUCCUUAACCUAGACUGUAUGUGUAUCUUAUAUUAUCAUUUAGCUUGUUAGUAAAAAAAUAUUUAACUCAA